AUGACCGUCUACUCCUUCUACAUCUUCGACCGCCACACGGAAUGCAUAUACUCCAGAUCAUGGCUCCCUGCCUCCGUCACGCGCCCCACCUCGAGCGCCGGAGGAGCUCCCGCGACGACAGGGCCGGUGCUCGCCCCGGCGCACGCCACCUCGUCGGACGACGCGAAGCUCAUAUUCGGCACCGUCUUCUCCCUGAGGAACAUGGCGCGCAAGCUCGGCGGCGACGACGACGCCUUCAUCAGCUACCGGACGGGGCAGUACAAGCUGCACUUUUACGAGACCCCCGCCAACCUGCGGCUCGUUCUGCUGACCGACACGGCCUCGGCGAGCAUGCGCAACGUCCUGCACCAAAUAUACAUUAAUCUCUGGGUUGAAUAUGUGGUCAAGAAUCCCCUGGCGCCGGUAGAGCAUAAAGGCGGCGAUGGUGUGCAGAACGAACUGUUUGAGCUUGGACUGGAUCAGUUCAUCCGCGGCUUGAUGUGA